CUCACUCUGACACACAAACACAGGAGCGCAAUAAAGCGCAGGAAGGAGAAGGGAGGAGAGGCAGAGAGCGGAAUAUUGCGUUAGCGUCCAGAAGAGCAUCAUGGCACCCAUUGGAUUAAAGGCGGUGGUCGGAGAAAAGAUUAUGAAUGAUGUGAUCAAGAAGGUGAAGAAGAAGGGAGAAUGGAAGGCUCUGAUCGUGGAUCAGCUGAGCAUGAGGAUGCUUUCCUCCUGCUGCAAGAUGACUGACAUUAUGACAGAGGGCAUCACAAUUGUGGAGGAUAUAAACAAGCGGAGAGAGCCUCUACCCACCUUGGAGGCCAUUUACCUCAUCACCCCUACUGAGAAGUCUGUGCAGACGCUCAUUGGUGACUUUAAGGAUCCCCAUUCGUCGAAAUACAGAGCAGCUCAUGUGUUCUUCACUGAUUCUUGCCCGGAUCCGUUAUUCAAUGAAGUGGUAAAGAGUCGCGCUUCAAAGUGUAUCAAGUCUUUGAAUGAGAUCAACAUUGCCUUCCUGCCAUAUGAGUCGCAGGUGUACUCUCUGGAUAACCCUGAUGCCUUCCAGAGUUUCUACAGCCCCCAUAAGACUCAGAUGAAAAACCCAGUGAUGGAAAGACUAGCUGAUCAGCUGGCCACGCUGUGUGCCACGCUCAAGGAGUACCCUGCUGUCCGAUACCGUGGCGAGUAUAAAGACAACGCCACUCUGGCUCAGCUGGUGCAGGACAAACUGGAUGCUUACAAGGCAGAUGACCCCACAAUGGGAGAGGGUCCUGACAAGGCUCGCUCGCAGCUCAUCAUUCUGGAUCGGGCUUUUGAUCCCGUCUCUCCUGUCCUUCACGAACUCACUUUCCAGGCCAUGGGCUACGAUCUGCUGCCCAUUGAGAACGAUGUCUACAAGUACGAAACCAGUGGAAUGGGAGACUCUCGGGAGAAAGAGGUGCUGCUACAUGAGGACGAUGACCUGUGGGUGUCUCUGCGGCACAAGCACAUCGCUGAGGUGUCCCAGGAGGUGACAAAAUCUCUGAAGGAUUUCUCAGCCAGCAAACGGAUGAACACUGGAGAUAAGGCCACGCUGAGGGAUUUGUCUCAGAUGCUGAAGAAGAUGCCGCAGUAUCAGAAAGAGCUCAGCAAGUACUCUACUCACCUGCAGCUGGCAGAAGACUGCAUGAAGCACUAUCAGGGCACUGUGGACAAGCUGUGCCGUGUUGAGCAGGACCUGGCCAUGGGAACAGAUGCAGAAGGCGAGAAGAUUAAGGACCCCAUGAGGGCCAUCGUGCCAAUCCUGCUCGACGCCAACGUCAGCACCUACGACAAGAUCCGCAUCAUCCUGCUCUAUAUUUUCCUCAAGAAUGGAAUCACAGAGGAGAACCUGAACAAGCUGAUCCAGCAUGCACAGAUCCCUCCUGAGGACAGUGAGAUCAUCACCAACAUGGCUCACCUGGGUGUCCCCAUCAUCACAGACUCCACCCUGCGCCGGGGGAAGAAGAUGGACCGUAAGGAGCGUGUGAGUGAGCAGACCUACCAACUCUCUCGUUGGACCCCACUGGUCAAGGACAUCAUCGAGGAUGCCAUUGAGGACAAGCUGGACACCAAGCAUUACCCUUAUAUCUCGACUCGCUCAUCCUCCUCGUUCAGCACUUCAGCAGUCAGUGCCCGAUACGGCCACUGGCACAAGAAUAAGACCCCUGGAGAGUACCGCACUGGGCCACGUGUCAUUGUCUUCAUCAUUGGUGGAGUGUCUUUCAGCGAGAUGCGCUGCGCCUAUGAGGCCACGCAGGCCAGCGGAAAAUGGGAGGCCAUCAUCGGUUCCACCCACACGCUCACCCCAACCAAAUUUCUAAUGGAUCUGCAGCAUCCCGACUUCCGAGAGUCCACUAGGGUGUCCUUUGAGGACCCCGUUCCCUCAGACGAUUGAGAGAAAGAGGGAAGGGUGGGAGAGAAAGAGAGAGAGAGAGAAAGAGAGAGAAAUCACACUCUGACAAAGCUCAACCACUGUCGUCACCCCUACCGUGCUCCUGGAUGCACUCAAGACCAUGAACAAACCAGACGAGGAUCAGACAAGCUAAAACCCUCCCUCUCUUCUCUUCUAUCUGAUCGCCCCAAAUCCCCUGCUCCUAUAUUAAUGUGUAUGCAUCUUGCCUGAAAAGAAAAAUGUAAAAGAAAAAAAAAACAAAAAACAAUGGAAACACUGACUUAAAAAAUGAGAUAUAUAAAUAUAUAUAUAAAUAUAUAUAGUAUGUUGAAAAGCAAAAGAAUCAUUGUAAGUAUUCUCAUGUUUUACAAUGGAUGCAAAUGUUUAAACUGUUGAAAUAAGGUUUAAAUAUCAAAGGCCAUUUGAAACAGAAAGAACCAAAUAUUGAUAAUAUUACUGAUAUUGGAUGCUCGGAAAUGUGUAAAUGGUAGAAUCUUAGAAUCAUUGGUGUGAUUUUAUCAUGGUUGUGGAUGGGGGAGGGACAAGCAAGUCGUUUGUAUGUGAGCGCCAGUCGAGAACUUCAUUCAAUCAUAUCAUUUCUCUUGCUUUACGACGAAAUCCUGUCAUUCGUCAUGCUGUAUGCUGAACGCUCUGGUUUUAGAUUCAUAGUCAUGCAUGCCAUGGAAUCUUAUUUGUGGCCAUUUUGAAAUCUGAGGGGGAGGAGGGGGGGGAAAAAAAAAAAAAAAAAAAAGAAAGCUAGUGAUUUUGACACUGACUGAACUGAAUCUGCUGAGGGAAACCAAAGCAGUUGAUGAGAAAAACUGAUGAGUCAAACGUCAAAUGUAAAUAGCUCCAGAAUGCAAAUAUCGGCCCUCGCCGAUCGGCCUCAGAUCUGGCUCUAUCUACUCGCCAGGACCUUUUAUUUGAUUGCUCUGCAGAGAAUUUCACGUUUUAGUGUCAAAAAGGCCAUUGCUUGCAAUUUGAGAAUACUCUCAACAGAAAAAAGGGCCAGCUGUACUUCAGUAUCGUAUCCUGUCCGAUUAAGUCUUAUCAUUGGCUAGUAAACGAUGUUUAACCGGGCCAUGCACUGAGUCGUGUGAUGUUGUAUAUGCCAUAUGUUGAUGUUUUACCGUCUCCCUGUUGACUUUUCUGACUGUGAAGUAGUACUUUUGUUUUUUUCUCUCGAUAAUACAAAGCCAAUGUGUUUGUGAUGUUCGAGCUGUACCGUAGUUGUAGUAGUAACAGAAAAAAAAGAAGAUUUAAUUAGCAACGAUCUAUAUUUGGUUUGUCUGUUCGUUAGUGCAGCGUAACUCUUCCACUGGUGAAUGGCUUCGCAAAGAGAUGUAAUCCCAUAUUCUUUUUUUUUUUUUUUUUUUUACUUCCCGUUCUAUUUAUUCCUAUUUUAUUCCUCUGCUCCGGCAACCAGGUUGUAUAAUGCACUAUGGGUUUUCUGUGACGCGAAUGCUUGUUCAUUUUUAGUCCUUUUAUUUUUGGUUUGCUGUUGUAAAAGCACCGAGUGUGUCUACUAGAUUUAUAUCAAAUUUAUUUAUCAGAGAAAAAAAAUAUUCAUUAAUAAAAGUUUAGUCUGUCUCAAUCCUGUUUAUCUUUGCUGGGAUUUCAUGUUUGCAAGCGUUGAAGCACAAACAAAAGUAAACUUGAUGUGUACUGAUGUAAUAAGACUGUCCAAUAAAUUGGCUUCCAUUA